UCAGACAACGAAAGCCCCUCGACGUUAGUGGACAUUUGGACGGACGGAUCGCGUAACUAGCUCGACUAGCUUGCUUAAAUCGCUGCCUGGGUUUAGUUGGAAGGUUUUUCUAUUUAUUAUCAUCCUUCGCGAGUUUUUGCGUAGUGACGAAAAAAAAGGUGGUGCAUUUUAAUGUCCGAAGAACGACGGUGCGUAUUGUGCAGUGCAUUUUAGCCAACGUUGCAUUACUGCGGCCAUCCGUGAAACAAAGAUCUGAACCAAGAUCUCACCUUGUUUUUUAGUCCGGAUUUUGUUUUUUCCAUCACCAUUUCACUAUACUUGGGCAAAGGUUAAAAAAAGGCGAUCCGUGCAUCGUCAUCGUUCCGCCAACUCGUGUGGGAUGGAAUAUUAGAAGUGGAAGCAUCGACGGAUACACUGAGUCUCGGGGACAUUGCUUUUUCUAAUACCUGUGCCCAAGGGCAAUUUCCCGCUCCGAGAGCCCACCGUAGAAAAACGGAUUGUUCCGCGUGUAAAAGUUCCAUCCCUUCAGGGGCAGCUCCAUUGAAGACAUUUCUGCUGACGAACGAGACGACCGAAUGGCAUUUGCCAGAUCGAAAUUGGAACAGUGAAAGGGCAGCAGCAUUUGGAACGCAAUUGGCUGACGCUGCUGCUGUGGUGUGAAUAUUUUUCAAUUUUCAGCGAAUCAAAACGGUGCCAAGGUAAUGCUGAUGAAUCGAGACAUUGCCUGACAAACGAUAUAGAAAGUGUUCACAGUUAAUCAAUAAUGCUUACCGAAACCUAAUGAUAAUGUGGCCUGUUGGGUGACAAACAGGAAUAAGUAAAAAUUGUUCAACAGAACUUCAAAAUCGACAGUUAAUCUGCUUGUCGUUUCGAUACUGGCAGCAAACCGAUAAAGUGAAGUGACGGCCGUCCAGUCGACGUUGGAGUUGUCUACAGAAUAGAAGCUACCUACAACCUGAAUCGAAGAAACGGCAAAAGGGUCGGUCGAAAGAUAGUGGCUGGCUACAAUUGAAGAAAAAAAGCCCCUCGUGCACCGGCAUGUGUCUGUUCUGCAGUUGAAAUUUUUUUAUAUUAAAUCAGUGUGAAAGAGUAGAGUCGCUCGCUGUAGAGGCUAGAAAAAUGCUACCGAGCUGCUUGGAAAAUGACAACAAUGAAUAAAAGAAAAUUCAAGAAAAAUAGGUUUAGUUAGACCUCAGCUCAGCUCAGCUCAGCGACCGGAGAGUGAAGGUGGCCUGUGAGGGAGUGCUCUCUGUGGGUUGGCCCAGAGGCCUAGGGGAAAACCAAACCGUACGCCGUCGUUUGCUCCAUUGUUGUUGGGUUACGAAAUGUAUCGCUUGGCUAGGCCGAGGCAGUUAUUGAGCUCUGUAGUUUGUGGUGUUGUUGUUGCUGUUGCUGGAACCGACUUCGGUAACCGUAACAGGUAGCAGUACUAAAUACUAAGCCCGGCCGGGUACAGUACGGUUUGACGUGGGCCGUUCAUGAUGAUGAUGGCUGAAGAAGAACAGUUAUAAAAAAGCGAUCAUUAAACAUAUGGGAAUUGUGUAAAUCAUCAAAGUAAAAGCGAGCAAACGAGAGAAAAUUCCAAGAAAUAGUCGGGCUGUGUGUGUGUGUGGGUACUUUCUACAGUAGUGUCCUCAAUUAGUCCGGGAGUGUAGAAUACCAUCUCAAGAAAGCAAAAAGUCGUCGGUGAAGUGACGCAUUGCCCCGAGUGUCUACUCAAGGGAACAACCUUAUCUGAAUCACUGGAUGGAGUAAACCUUCGGGAAGAAACUCACAGUUAUCAGUCCCUGCCAGUAAUAUACACAAAAGUUCACAGAAGAGAACCUUAUCGUCUCGGUUGGCACUUGUAUGUGGAUUAACAGCAACAACGAAGUGAAACAACGGAAAACAAAACCAUCAUGAGUUGGUUGCGGUCCAGUCCGCUGAGGCAAAGCUUUAGCAAAUCUUCCUCGGGAGCGUCCGGAUCCGGAUCCGGUCGUGGGGGGAACAAUGGAAGUACCCUGCGGGCGUUCGAUGCUUCCGAGUGUGAUCCGAAGGCGUGCUACGAUAGCUUUUGCAUCCAUUGGCAGCAGGCGUACGAAAUCAUUCAACGAUCGGAGAAUGCCCGGGGCCAGGCACACGACGAUGUUCUCGGGGUGGUGACGCAUUUGGAUCAUAUGGUUACCCUGCUGCUGGUGGAGCUGCAUCACUGUAACAAAGUUAGUCUACCGGGUGCUCCGGCUCCCUCAGCGCCCUGUCUGGAGCACCUUCUGAGUGAAAACCUCCUGGACAAACUAUACGAAUGGGGCAUCAAAACGGGUCGCUACUCAAAUGCCGUCCGGCUGGAGCAGCUCAAAUUGUACGAACAACUGGUCAGCCACAGCCGGCAUCAGCUGCUAGUGCACGAGCCCUUCCUGAGGCCACUGCUCAAAAUAUUGGCCUCCAGCCAGAACGAAAUCUAUCCGCCGGAUCUCGAGAAGCGGCUGGUGAUACUCCUGAAUCAACUGUGCGUGGUGCUGAUGCAGAAUGUACAUCUGCUGGAUCUGUUCUUCUUCUCGACCGCCCAGCAGAACGGAAGCGGGGGACACACUAACUUUAUCAUCUUCUCCCUGCUGAUACCGUACGUGCACCGGGAAGGUUCCCUAGGUCACCAGGCUCGGGACGCGUUGCUUCUGUGUAUGGCCCUGUCCCAGAAAAACUCCAACGUUGGGACCUACAUUGCUACCUACUCAUCGAUCUGUCCGGUUCUGGUGACCGGACUCGGGGGACUCUACUCCCGGUUGCCGAAUCAGAUCGACAUCAAAACAAUCGACUGGUACCGGAUAACGACCGAUGACGUGACCGAAAUGCCGGAACUGACCCUGUUCAUGAACUCGCUCGAGUUCUGCAACGCAGUCGUCCAGGUUGCCCACAGCAUGAUCCGGCAACAGCUGCUGGAUUUCCUGUACCAAGGAUUUUUGGUACCAGUCCUAGGGCCCGCAAUUCUUCAGAAAUUUAAAGGUCGAGGUCAAUUCCAGACAAACAUCGAGUCGCAGAUAUCGGCCAUGGCCUAUCUCGAUCUGAUAGUCCGUUCGGUCACGGAACCGGGCCUGAUACAGAUCAUCGUGCGGUUUCUGCUGGACACGGAAAAGUUCGACGGUCAGCGCAUCCUGGACGUGCUGGUGGAGCGGCUCAACACCAACGACACCCGGCUUUGCAUGGUGGCCCUUUCGUUGUUCGAUUCAUUGCUGGGCCUAAACUGCGAGGAUCUAAUGCUGGAACUGAUGCUGAAACACCUGCUCAACUGUCAGCACGUUCCCAUAUCGCACCGCUUCAAGAUCAACCGGGUAGAUCCCUACGAAAAUGCGGUGGAAUAUUUCCUGAAUGUAUCCCCCGACAUCAUGAAGAAGGUCAACAACGUUCUUAGUAUUAACAACAACAACAGCACCAGCACCGGUAUGUUAUCGACGACGGGUAAUGGAAGGAGUAUAACUAAAACGAUCGGUGCCAACUGGAACCACUACGGGAUGAACAACGGAGAAACGCUCCUCGCCAGCUAUCAAGCUUACUUGUUAGAGGCGCGGCAACGAAUUCAGCAAUGCAAACAAGCCUGUGAUCAGUGGAACAACGAGUAUCGUUACCAAAAAACUAGCAAAUCCAACCACCACGGUAGCCAAAUCGCGACUAGUAAUAGCAGUAAUUGUAAUAGUUUAAGCCCCAGCGGAACAACGACGACGGACGAAGUGCAGGCGUAUAAAGUACAAAUGAUUAAGAGUUUCCUGGCGGAGUUUACCGUGGAAGAAGCGGCCGAAGGACUCGGAUAUAGUUUACAGGAUGCUCGCUCGAGCCAGUGUCAAUCGCCCACGACGGGGGUGAUAUUUGGAUCUGCGCAGGUGCUUCAGAACGGUACGGUCAUGGCCACUGGCAAGCAGCUGGAUAGUUUGCAAUCGUUGGGCGAUAGCAGUGGGUACGAGAGUUUGAACAUCGCUUCGAUAGCUGGACUGGGAGGACUAGGGAUGGUAUCGACGGGCAACGGAAGUGGAACGGGAAGCGAAGAUGGCCGGAGGCAGCCGGAAUCGUGGAAGGUAUCUAGUUUGCGGGAGGAAACUGUGAUGGAUUUGGACUUGUCCGAGGAUCUGUUUGCCCAGGGGACUGUUACUUUAGGUCCCUUCCUAACAGCGAUCUGGAGCAAGCUUCAAACAUUCACUAGCAAUUGCCUUUACGUAAACCUCCAGCUAACCGGGUUGAUAAGCCAUCUAGCUUGGUUUCCGUUACCGCUGCUUCACUCAAUUCUACUGAGGCCUGAUAUACCAACAACAUCGGACACUCCGUCUUUCCAUCAGGUCUUGAAAAUCCUCAAACAGCAGAUCGAUGCCGAGUUACCCGAGUGCGAAGAAUCGCUGGAAAUCGUAGACGUAGCCCGUUCGUUCCUAGUCGACCGAGAAUUUCGGCUCAUCAAUAUGCGUAAAAAUGCGAUCGAAUCAAGCACCACGACCCAGUCCGGUGGUCUCCUGAAUGGAAGUUCCGGCGUCGGAAGUGUUUCGAUGACUUCCAGUCUAUCGCAGACAACACCGGUGCAACUAACGCCCAGUUCAUCUUACGAUCCGUUCAAACGGAACGAUACCAAGCGAAAAAGUAUUACCAACUCGUUUUCCAGCAUAUUCCGAAGGCCUGGCUCAUCCGCUUCAUCUGGUUUAGCACAAGUAUUUCAAUUUUUUACUGGUGGGUCAGGUAGUAGCAACAACAGUAACUCCUCCUCUUCCGUGAGUCACUCGCCAUCCCAGUCUUCGAUGAUGGGCGGUAGUCAGCAGCAGCAGCAACAACACCAUUCUAGCAGUUCUGGUAUCAGUAGUCUGAUGACCGGUGGUGGUUCCUCGUCUCGGCGGGAAUCCCGGGAAGCUGAAACCCAAUUCAUUGACAGUCACCAUUCGCUGGCCACCGCAAUGGGAGCAAGUGCUGGAAGCAUAACAUCGACCGGCAGCGGUGGCCACAACAGCCUUGAAUACUCACUGACCAAUCUGAAUGGUUCCGUAAUCGGUGUGGGCAGCGAACGGCAACGGGAUUUAGCCAUCUGUGCCGUUGUGCUAGACGAAUGGCUCAAGGAACUGUCGGCCGUUACCCAGGAACAAUGCAUCUCCAUGAUGUCCGAACAAGCUUUGCCGAAACGGAAGCGUAGCUAACCGUUGACGAAGCUCGUCUCUUCUUGAAACUAAAUGUUUUCCCUCUAUCCCUUUCUUUAAGCCUUAAUGUUUUAAACUUUAAUAUUAUUUUCAAUUUCGUCUGAGACGAAUGUUUAAAUGUGAACGAGUUAUGAACAAAUUUAUUUAGUUUUUCAUAUACCAUUUUCAUUUUGAAAUAAAACAUUUUUUACCAUUUAGAAAGUUUAGAAAACACCCGCGUGGACGCCUAAGUUUUAUCCUAUUUUUUUUAAACCCCAACUGUCUCUUGAGUUAACGACCCAUUUUACAAAAAUAAAAACGAUCGAAUGUUUUACUGAAAACCAUAGUGUAAUUGUAAUUAAAACGAAUGCUUUAAUUUAACCAUAGUAGAAUAGCUCAACAACUCUUAAAACGCCACGUUAGCAAAUCUAUUUACAAGAAAAAUAAAGAAAUGAAUAAAACCCGGCAAUUGUAGAAGUAAUAACUGUAAAUAAACCAAUACAAUAGAAAAACCGAUUGUUCCGUUUUACGGUUCCAACGUUUUGUGACCAAUACUGCAAUAUACCUAAAUACACAGCUUUCAAUAAAUAUGUAACAUACCUGUAGUAUAUCAUUAUUAAACACGAGGGCUUAGAACCGCGCGGCAAUCCUCGUUGUUGUACAGUGCGUUUUAUUAGAGGAUACACAUGUUUGAGCGAAAGGACACGGAACACUUGGCAGAUACCUAAUCUUUGGAGGCAAGUGCAACAUACAGUACCUAACCGAAAAUGAAAAUCUUAUUUUUGUACGGAUAUACUAAUAUGUCUCCCAAGAAAACCUCUUUGAACAAUAGAACAUAUUGAUAUUUGCGAAAG